CCGAGCGCGGCGGCCGCGGCAGUGCAGGAUGGGGUCCGGCUCCUCUAGCUAUCGGCCCAAGGCCAUCUACCUGGACAUCGAUGGACGAAUCCAGAAGGUGGUUUUCAGCAAGUACUGCAACUCCAGCGACAUCAUGGACCUAUUCUGCAUCGCCACAGGCCUACCUCGGAACACGACCAUCUCCCUCCUGACCACAGAUGACGCCAUGGUCUCCAUUGACCCCACCAUGCCCGCAAAUUCAGAACGAACGCCCUACAAAGUGAGACCUGUGGCCAUCAAGCACCUGUCCGAGAGAGAAGAAUUAAUCCAGAGUGUCCUGGCCCAGGUGGCAGAGCAGUUCUCCAGAGCAUUUAAAAUCAACGAGCUGAAAGCGGACGUCGCCAACCACCUGGCAGUGCUGGAGAAGCGAGUGGAGUUGGAAGGGCUGAAAGUUGUGGAGAUCGAGAAAUGCAAGAGUGACAUUAAAAAAAUGAGGGAGGAGCUGGCGGCCAGAAGUAACAGGACCAGCUGUCCCUGUAAGUACAGCUUUCCGGAUAACAACAAGAAAUUGACCCCUCGGCGUGAUGUCCCCACCUACCCCAAGUACCUGCUGUCUCCAGAGACCAUCGAAGCCCUCCGGAAGCCCACCUUUGAUGUCUGGCUGUGGGAGCCCAAUGAGAUGCUGAGCUGCCUGGAGCACAUGUACCACGACCUGGGCCUGGUCAGUGACUUCGGCAUCAACCCCAUCACACUCAGGCGCUGGCUGCUCUGCGUGCAUGACAACUACAGAAACAACCCCUUCCACAACUUCCGGCACUGUUUCUGCGUGGCCCAGAUGAUGUACAGCAUGGUCUGGCUCUGCAACCUGCAGGAGAAGUUUUCCCAAAUGGACAUCUUGGUCCUGAUGACAGCGGCUGUCUGCCAUGACCUGGAUCACCCAGGAUACAACAACACGUACCAGAUUAAUGCCCGCACUGAGCUGGCUGUGCGAUACAACGACAUCUCACCGCUGGAGAACCACCACUGUGCUGUGGCCUUCCAGAUCCUGGCCCGGCCUGAGUGCAACAUUUUCGCCAACGUGCCACCUGAGGAGUUCAAGCAGAUCCGACAGGGAAUGAUCACGUUAAUACUGGCCACGGACAUGGCGAGGCAUGCAGAAAUAAUGGACUCUUUUAAGGAGAAAAUGGAGAAUUUUGACUACAGCAAUGAUGAGCAUAUGACCCUGCUGAAGAUGAUCCUGAUAAAGUGCUGUGACAUCUCCAACGAGGUGCGGCCCCUGGAGGUGGCAGAGCCAUGGGUGGACUGUCUCCUGGAAGAGUAUUUUAUGCAGAGCGACCGUGAGAAGUCAGAAGGCCUUCCUGUGGCCCCAUUCAUGGACCGAGACAAAGUGACCAAAGCUACAGCCCAAAUUGGGUUCAUCAAGUUUGUCCUGAUCCCGAUGUUUGAAACAGUGACAAAGCUCUUUCCUGUGGUAGAGGAGCUCAUGCUGCAGCCCCUGUGGGAAUCCCGAGAUCACUAUGAGGAGCUGAAGCAGAUGGAUGAUGCCAUGAAAGAGUUACAGAAGAAGACCGAGAGCUUGACCUCCGGGGUCAGUGGGAAAUCUAAAGAGAAGAGCAGAGAUGGGAGAAUGAGUGAAGAUGGCCCGUCUCCAAAUUGAUGUCUCAGUGCACAUGGCGUACACGGCCAAGCUGGAUGCAGCAGCAACAGCAGUAGCAGCAGAGCUGUAGGCCACGGCGUGGACGGGCUGGCAGAGCCUCACGUGACCCUCCGGGCCAGGAAAAGUCACUCUGGGCACCUAACGCCAGAAGACCACAUUUUCUAAGAACUGUUUGUUCACUGCUACAAGAAGGAAAAAAAAGGAAUUCACG